AUGAAGAAAUCAAUUACAAAUCUCCUUAUUAUACAUCAUGAAAAAAAGGUUAUCGGUAUCAAUGAAAGGGCUGAAGAUGUUUAUAACCAUCUUGCAACGUUCAAUGAAACAUAUGAUUUGAAAAGUAUAAGUUUUGCAUUUUAUACGUACAGCGGUUUUAUUUUGGCGAUGUUAUGUGCUCCAUCUAGUUUAUUGUUAAAAUGUUACUUGAUUUUGGUCCUUUUUUCCCGAACCAUCGCGGAUAAAAAAUCAGAAGAGGUCGUCAAAAAGUCAUCAAAAAUGUCUAAUCAAAUCCAAACCGUGUGA